UUCUCCCCACUCUUUAUAAAAAACCAUGUCGACCAUUGGACGAACGCUGAAGAACGUCAUGAAAGUUGGCCCUGCCAAUGCUUUGAAGCAAAUGAACUACAUUGGUGAUACCAAAUGGGGUCGUCUCGUUGGUGUUGAUGCCAAUGGCAACCAGUAUUUCGAGAACAAUGAUGAAAUUUCUGGUCGUGAACGUUGGGUUGAAUACGCCAGUGUCGAUCCCGACAGUGGUGACAUUGCACCUGAAUGGCACGGAUGGCUUGCAAGAAUCGUUCAGGAACCACCUACCGAAAUGAAGAUCGAAGCUCAGAAAUUCUGGGGUCAACCCACUCCCAACUUCACCGGCACACGUAAAGCCUACAGAACUUACAGCACCACCAAGCCUAAAGUGAGCGCAUGGGAACCCAUCGUGAAAGCCAGACAGUAACCAAAUAGAUAUCUCGAUUACAAAAAUAAAUCUCAUCAGACGACUCUUUUCUUAACAAC